CUGAGGGCAUGGAGGAGGACCAGGAGUACUCUCAAGGGCCUGAGAGCUCCGGAUCUCACGAGGCAAUUUUACAAUUGCAGCCCCAUGUUGCUCUCUGUUGGCAGUAAAGGAACCUUAAACUCCCAACUGCCAUUCAUUCGGUUUUGUGCAGCAGCAGAGCUGCUGUGACUUACAUACAGGAAGCUGCCAAGUGCCCUGCCUACUGGCUGCUUCAUGAACCCCUGCAAUUUCGCACACGCAUACAGAGCCACAUGCACAUACACGCACAUUCUUUCCUUCAUUCUCACUCUCUCAGCCUUUGAGUUCUGCAUAUCCAUGGAACAUUUCAGGAAAGACGCUCUCUGUCCUGUAGGGUGGCCCACCGGCUGCUGAGUCCAUUGCUGCCCCGGGAACCAGUUAUGCGCCUUGCUCGCUGCUACUGACCAUGACCAUGACCCUUCACACCAAAUCGUCUGGAGUGGCUCUGCUCCACCAGAUCCAAGGCAAUGAGCUGGAGCCUCUGAAUCGCCAGCAGCUGAAGAUUCCCCUGGAUCGACCCUUGGGCGAGAUGUACGUGGACAGCAACAAAACAGGGGUCUAUAACUACCCAGAGGGGGCUGCUUACGACUUCAAUACAGCCGCAGCGCCAGUUUAUGGCUCGUCCAACCUCACUUAUAACCCUAGCUCGGAGACAUUCAGUUCCAACGGCCUGGGGGGGUUCCACUCUCUGAACAACGUGUCUCCGAGCCCGCUGGUCCUGUUGCACCCACCGCCCCAGCUCUCGCCCUUCUUGCACCAUCACAGCCAGCAGGUGCCCUAUUACUUGGAAAAUGAGCAGAGUGGCUAUGCCAUGAGAGAGGCCGCCCCCCAGGCUUUCUACAGGCCAAGUUCAGACAACCGACGCCAGGGUGGUAGAGAAAGAUUGGCCAGUGCUGGUGACAAGGGAACCUUGGCCAUGGAAUCCACCAAGGAGACUCGCUACUGUGCAGUGUGCAAUGAUUAUGCUUCAGGCUACCAUUAUGGUGUCUGGUCCUGCGAGGGCUGUAAGGCCUUCUUCAAAAGAAGCAUUCAAGGGCAUAACGAUUACAUGUGUCCUGCGACCAACCAGUGUACCAUUGACAAGAACAGGAGAAAGAGCUGUCAGGCUUGUCGGCUACGAAAGUGCUACGAAGUGGGCAUGAUGAAAGGAGGAAUCCGGAAGGAUCGCCGAGGGGGGCGUAUGUUGAAACAUAAACGCCAAAGAGAUGAUCAGGAUGGAAGAAAUGAAGCAGGUCCCUCGACUGACAUGAGAGCUUCUACCCUUUGGCCAAGUCCUCUCUUGAUUAAACAUACCAAGAAGAACAGUCCAGCCUUGUCCCUGACAGCUGAACAAAUGGUUAGCGCCUUGCUGGAAGCUGAGCCACCAAUACUCUAUUCUGAAUAUGAUCCAAAUAGACCUUUCAGUGAAGCUUCAAUGAUGACUUUAUUGACCAACCUUGCAGACAGGGAGCUUGUUCACAUGAUCAACUGGGCAAAGAGAGUGCCAGGUUUUGUGGAUUUGACACUCCAUGAUCAGGUCCACCUUCUAGAAUGUGCUUGGUUAGAGAUCCUCAUGAUUGGCCUUGUUUGGCGCUCUAUGGAACAUCCAGGAAAACUUUUGUUUGCUCCUAACCUAUUGCUGGACAGGAACCAAGGGAAAUGUGUGGAAGGUAUGGUGGAGAUCUUUGACAUGUUGCUGGCUACAUCCUCUCGCUUUCGAAUGAUGAAUCUCCAGGGGGAAGAGUUUGUGUGCCUCAAGUCCAUUAUCUUACUUAAUUCUGGAGUGUAUACAUUUCUUUCCAGCACUUUGAAGUCCUUGGAAGAAAAAGACCACAUUCACAGAGUCCUGGAUAAGAUCACAGACACUUUGAUUCACCUGAUGGCCAAAGCUGGGCUAUCUUUGCAACAACAACACCGGCGCCUGGCUCAACUACUCCUGAUCCUUUCCCACAUCAGGCACAUGAGCAACAAAGGAAUGGAGCACCUGUACAGCAUGAAGUGCAAGAAUGUGGUCCCACUCUAUGACCUGCUCCUGGAGAUGCUGGACGCCCACCGCUUACAUGCACCAGGGAACAGAGGAUCUGCCCCCAGGGACGAAGACAACCAGAACCAGCUAGCCACUGCGUCAACUUCAUCGCAUUCCUUGCAAACCUAUUAUAUCACAAGGGAUGAGGAGAGUUUCCCCACCACAAUCUAAAAGCUCUUGAGUCCCAAAUCCCAUGAGGUCCUGAGAAUCCCAGCAGCAUAAUACCUACUUCAUGCAUCACGUAAGCUAAGUAAUGUCACAUAAACACACUCCAGUAUGCAUCCAUCACCAGUGAUUUUGAAUAUGAGUGGCCAUUCAUUCGCUUGCUACCAUUCUCAACAGCAAAAUUCAGUUGUUGCAAAUAAGCCAACAGGGAUUCCAGGGCCAAGUUACUUGUAAUUUUUUGCAAUGGCUCCUUUUACCCCCUUUGCUGCAUUAAUUAGCUUAAGGAUUCCUGUAGCUCUUCAUGACUGAGCUCAGCCUAAGAGCUGGGUCUCGAUUGGGCCUUUGCUUUAAAGCCAUGUUGAAGCCCUGACCUAGGAGGUAAGCAGAUAACAGUUCUGUUAACACAUGCCUUUUGUUGGCUGGCUCUAAGAAUGAGUAACUUACACAAAUUCCAACUAGUUUCUUUAAUUGCUGGCUUAGGAAAGGAUAGGUCACGGGUUAGUUAUAGCCUACUCUUGUAUUCCUAUAGAACUGUAUCAUUUUUAUUAAAGUCAUAUUCUACAGCUUUUACUCUGUUGCAUGGUGAUAGUAAAACGUUACUGUGAUUAUCUGUUUGUUUCCACUGUAGCAAUACAAGUUGCAUCCAGUCUUAUAUGUUGAUCCUCGCUGCCAAAGCUCUUUGGGCUUAAUGUAUCAGAUGCUCGGGCUCGCUGAGAACUACAUCAUUGAAGAGAGUGUUUUAGAGGAUACAUAAAUUGCAUUUGAGGCAGUGGUCUCUGGUUAAUUCAUGCUUGCCAUUGCCAAAAGGGAAGUUUUUCCCAGCUGAACCCCCAUGCACAUACUAAACUCCCCUGCUCCCAUUUUGUUUUAUUUUGAGUAGUCUGAACCUUCUUAAUGACUUUUAAUGAAACUGGUGGGAGGACCUGCCUUGGCAUGGGGAGUCUCAUUGACUGGAUAGAGAGCUUCAUGUGAACACUUUUGAUCUAAUGAACAUCAAAAGUCUUCUCUCAUGUAGAUUAUCCCCUAGCAGUAUAUGAGGUUUCAUAGAAGGUGCAAUGACUCAUUUAAACUGAAGACAUCUAGCUAACAAUUCACAAAAACAAAACAAAACAAAACAAAAACUAUAUCCAGGCAUUAUAAAAUUCCCAGGAGAGAAAGAGGGAGAAACAGAAAAGCAGGGAGGAGAUUGGGCUGAACAGCCGUACCUGCUUGGCUAUCCUCAGCCACACAUGCAAUGGUUUUGAAUUCAAAGGCAGCUCUAGGGUUACCCAGUCACUAGUGAGCAAAUUCAUUGUCCCUUACAUUUCUCCCAUGUUUUCCUUAGGAGGCUCAGCUUGUGUCACAGUGCUUUUGUCUAGUCAAGACAAGCAACAUUGGGCUUGUUGUGUCCUCAGAAUGCUUAGCCUGUUAGGACUGUAUUAAGUUAGUGCUUUUGGUGGAGAGGUAAUGCUCAUGUAAUCAGGCUGGAGGCCUCAGGAGAGAUCAUUUGGCAAGGGGUGGGAUGGCUAGCUAAAACUUUGUCAAAUUAUAUUUCCUUGUUUAUUUCCCAGAGCUCAGCCUGGAAAAAGUGUUCUCCAUGGCCCACUUUGUCUCAUAAGCCAAGAAUAUGAAGUUAGCCCAGGGCCACAGGAAUCCUUUUGAUUAAACUAAAAAAGCAGUGCUCUCCCAACCUUAGGACAGCCACUCCAGGAACUGUUCCCUUGGCCGUCUGCAGCAUGAGGGAUUUUGAUUUCACAGCAAAUAGGACCCAUGUGGGCCCAGGGCACUAAGAAAAACAUUUGCUAUUAGCCACCUUCUUCCCCAAUAGGCCCAUAGCCUAAGAUUCAAAACAAGACUGAGAGGUGUCUUGGCAAAUCACAAAUAGGAUCAGAUGCUUGGGAUUCUCAUCAUACAUGUAACAUAGAAAGCAAAUCAAAAUGUUUUCAUUUCCAGGCACCCAAUAUGAGCCAUGAUGGAAGUGUUGGGAAAGGGGAGAGGGACAAAACAAUGUUGAUUUUUGGUAUAUGUGCAUUUAACUUUCUAGGCAAUUUUACUUGUCUAUAUCACUAAUUUGUUCAAAAAAUAUUUUUUCUUUUUUUCUUUUUUUGUCAUUUUGUGUGUGGGGGAAAAGCACCUUAUAUAGUGUAAUAUAUUUUUUAAAUUGCAUCACUUGCUUAUCAGACAAUUGAAUGUAGCGAUUGUGUUUUAGAUUUUGGUUGACUGGGUUACCAUGUAAAAGAACAACCAACAAAAUGUUUAGCUCUUAGAUACUCUUCAAAGCUACCUUAUCAUGUAUAUCGUCAUUUAAGGCCUGGUGGUUGUUCAUCUACGUGAGGAUCACAUUUCAUAUCAACUUUUAUAUCCAUAGUAGACAAAAGCAGCAUGAAUCUAGGUGCCUAUUGCUGAAAAUGGGAAGAUGGUCAAUCUCAUGUAGCAAAGCAUAGACCUGAGAAGGAAGACUAUUCAGGGCAGCUAAUUUUGCUUUUACCAAAAUAUUAGUACUGAUAUUUGUGGACAGUAGCCAUUGGGAUGAUGGAUUCUUUUUAAUGUUUAUACUUGGGUUUCCUUUUUAAAAAAAAUACCAAAAACCAAAAACAAAUACAAAAAAAGUCACCCUAGGACUAUAGAUGACUUAAUUCCAGCUGAAACCAAACAAAAUUGAGUGGAGGAUUUUACUUAGCUCAUCCAAAGAGUUUGUAUUCAUGUCAAGAUCCCAUUAAGCUCAAGACAGGAAGAAAACAUUGAAUGGACUCAAUAUUAGCCUGCUCUAUCUGAGUCUUGAACAAUUUUAGAAAUUUCUUCCUGUUCUUAACUGAAAUGGCAAUGAAUGAGUGAUUGACGUUAGCUUAGACUGCUCUUCCUUUUUCAGGCAUGUGCUGGAGAUGGAUCAUUAGUAGUUUCCUUUCUGGGAAAAUUUAGAGAUGAAAAGUUAGGAUCUACUUCUUCAUUUCCUUGUGGGGGACAAUACAAAGAAUGUCAAUUGCCUAAUGCUUUUUAGGGUAGAUUAGUAAAAUGCAUACUAAGGAUCUGCCAUUAAAACUCUGACCUAUAAACUACAUGCAGAUAACUUGCUCAAAUGGGCAAUCACUUAGAAAAUGGUAGUUUUAAGGCUUUUAGAAAUAGGGAAUGAAGAACAGGACUUGCUGCAGGCCUAGAUAGAUGAGUCAUUUUCUAAAGAAGUAAAGCUAAAGUAGGAGCUGGACCACAUUUUCUUUUAACCACAGUCUAGCUAUGGACUUAAUGGAGUAUCCUACAGUAACAAGGAGGUAUAAAUAAGUCGAAUCUAAUAUCCAAUAUUCAUUGCUAAAGCUGACCCCUGAGGAAAAGCACUCCUAAGAUUUGAUUUCCCUGAUCCAUUUUUAAAGAAAGCUAAAGCUUGUGUCCUUAGGUAACUGAAAAGAGAAAACACACACACACACACACACACACACACACACAUACCCGUAGGAUUCAGUUUUAAGUACAGCAAUGUGACAUUGUUUCCCCCCAGUUUUAUUUUGUUUGGAAAGAGUUGGUUUGUGGGAAGGAUAGCUCUUAAAAUGAAAUUGCUAUUCAUUGGAAUGGCAAUGAUGUAAACUAUUGGUCUAAAGAACCAAAUGACAUUUAUUUAUUUAGGAUUUAUACUAUGCCCACUUCCAAAAAGGAUUUGGGGAAGCAUCACUUGAGGGGAACAAUUCAAAACCAUUUUCCAUUCAUAACAAUUUUCCCAACUCUGAGGUGUCUAUUCAGGGCUGGCUCAUCCUUCAAAAGUGAGAUUAGGUGGCUGUGGAUGCUGUGAACAAUGUGUUAUCUAUCCACUGGCAAAUUUGUAAAGGGAAAGUCUUUUAAAAAAAAAAUCAGUCUUGUCCUUGUAUGCUUUUACUCAUUGAUCAUCAUUCUAUUUUGAGCAAGUCCUGGGAGUUGGAUGCACAUAUCCCUGGAUACUUUUCUUUGCCAAUAUCCCAGAAAUUUAAUACAUUUUCAACUGGAGUCAAAUGACUUAAAUUAUGGGUACCAAAUAUCCAUUUUUCCAUUAUUGCAAUUUUCUUCUGUUUACUAGCUGUAUUUCUGUCUUAAUUAAAAAUGUGGGCUAUUUUUAAGUCUGAUGGUUAUUUUCUAAGUGAUCGCUGCCUUUAUUAAGCAUUUCAAUUUUGCACUCUUUCAGAGAUUAAAGAAAAAAGUUUCUAUUAUCUUUUUUGCAUCCAAAUGUGCCUGAAUUUUUAAAAUAUGUAAAUGCUGCCAUGUUCCAAGCCCAUCUUCAGUGUGUAUGUGCUGCACAGCAGGACACCUGGAAAACCAACACACAAUCCCUUCUAGAAACCAGGUGCCACAAACAACCGACCCCUCUGUGAGUGAAGAGAGGUCAUUGGUCAUAGAGACUUGAAUUAACAAGCGACUUUAUGCCAGUCUAUGUACCCUCACAGCUUUUUUUUGGUGUGCUCUACAUAGUCUUUCCUUGUAGAGCCUUUGUUUUAUGGGAGGAGGCUCAGCUGCCAUGAUGUGUUGGCUGGAUUAUUCUGCUUUUUUGCUGAUGCAUACUGUUUUUGGAUGUAAUUUUGUUUCGUUGCUGCCUUGCUUUGUUAAAUGAAACACAUAUGUAAACCUCUUUUGCACCUUUAAGAAGUAAAGAAUUUGGUGGGAUACCCAAGAACUUGUAGACAAUUUUCUCAACCUCUUUGAUGUUCAAAUAAACAAUUAAACAAAA